CGGUUCGCUUUGUUUUUUUCCCUUAUAACUUUCUCGUGUUUGUAAAUAACGUAAUGGACUCAAUUGAUUAAAAAGGAACAUUUUGUUCAUAAUUUUCUAUCAUUUAUCAGUUUUUUUGGCCAGAAAAUUGUUUCAAAAAUCUACUAGAAUGGACAAUAUUCAUCAGCCAAUGAACAUCACCGAAUACAACAAUCUCAUUACCAACAUCAUCGAAUCGGCCGUAGACGAGCUGAUACAGAAGCGCGAAAGCGGCAAAGAAUCUCUCCUGCUUCACAUCUGCCGGUUGUGCGCCAAGGAGGAGCCUAUAUUGCUCGACCUAUCCGAGCUGCACCUGGAUCUGAUCAACGAGCUGGGCAUCAGCGGAAUCGAUGCCAGUGUCGGGUGCACCAAGAUCUGUUCCACCUGCGCCGAGUUCCUCGGAAGGAUUCGCGAAUUCCGCUGCCGGUGUGAGGAUGGACAGAAAAAGAUCAGUUCGCUGCUAGCGGAAAGGAGCGUGAUCCCGGACUUUUUGGGUUUGGACUUUAUCAAGCCGGAGGAACAUUAUGGUGGAUUCAGUCCACAGCCUGCAACGGCGGACAACGACGGGGGUCACUUGCUUGGAGUUGAUGAUUUUCCCGAAACUUCUUCAGAGACGACAGAAGAGGAGAAAGAAGAAGAGAUUGUAAAGAAGCUAAAACCCGUGAAACAAGUGCGACAAAAGAAUCAAUCCAAAACGGCCUCAAAGAAGGCGACUACUGAUUCCCGUCGGCGGGUCGUCAACGGCAAACUUCAGUGGGUUUGUCUGGAUUGUGAGGGAACGUUUGAAAGUUGUACUAAGCUGAAGAAGCAUCGACAAACUUGUGAGAUGGUAGGGAACGAACAUUCCAAGCGUAGGGGACCUUUUACCUGUGAUAUUUGCGGACAAUCGCUGCCAACUCUGAUGGGACUGAGGGUGCACGUGCACAAGCAUAGUAAAAGUGGAUCGAAAGGGGAGCAGGAUAUUGGAAAGGACGCGAAUAAAACAUCGACGAAGCUGGCCGUUUGCCAUAUCUGCGGGAAAUCGUUCACCAACACGAGCACACUGCGAUCCCAUCUGGUGUUCCACCGACAGGAGAAGCGAAUCGAGUGUCAGAUUUGCAAUAAAAAGUUUCACAAACUGUACCGACUGAAGGAUCACCUCAAUUGUCAUGCUAACGUCCGGCGAUACAGCUGUGAUAUUUGUGGCAAAGCCUUUUUCACAAAGGCUAUUCUGUACAAACACACCCGAUCGCAUGAUCAAAAUUUCCGAAAGCAUCAGUGCCCCAUGUGUCCAAUACGAUUCGCCCAUCCCUACCAGCUACGGUCGCACAUGAUGGUUCACACUGCAGAAUAUCCACAUGGAUGUAAAUUAUGCUCCAGUAAAUUCCGUUUUACGUGGGACCUGAAAAAGCACUAUGCCAAAGCUCACCCUAUCCUACCGGAAGAGGAAGACACCACCGUACAUGAUCCUCUGUUGGAGGAAAUUGUACCGAAAUCACUGCUUUCGCCAUCAGAACCUCUCCUAACAUCACUUCCUCCAUCGAUGCCACAACAGAACCCAAUAACAGUUGGUCUCAUCAAAGACGAUCAACAUGAUGAUCUGUCGGUAAUGUUGGCCAAUAUUCCACCGCACCAACAACCGGAACUUACUCCCUCGGUGGCCGCCGUACAACCGGUAGUAACCGAGCAUCCAUUCGACACGGAUAAUCUACUGGACGAAGCUUCGCGGGACUUCACCACCGAUUGCUUCCCGGCAAGUCAUUUGACUGAAAGCCAUGCAAACGCCGAGGACGACUUCUACACGUUUAUGGAGUGUUGAGUAUCCGUGGCAGAUGUCGGAUUUAAAAUUUAUAAGAAGUUGUGAUACUCGUCGAAGUUUUGAGAAUUACCGACAAUAAACAUGAAAUUAUUUCAGAAACAA